AUGCAGGACGGAGUCAGCUUUGAUGAGCACCACCACCGCUUUGACAUUCUGCGGGGACACCUUGCGGAGAACGAUGAUUUCUGGUACUUGAUGCGGGCGGAGGAAAACCGGGUGUUGUAUGGAGGGAACGUGGAACAAAAACCCAGAGCGGCGCCAAGCGCCCCGCCGCGACGCUACUUCAACUGCUUUUAUGACUCAUUCAAGCAACGCGAGGGUGAAUUUUGUCGCAAACUUCUAAAGGAGGUGCUGCAAAAGGAGUGGGCGGAGCGCGAUCGACUGAAUGAGUAUGAGCGGGAUGAGUUUUACGGUAUUUCCCGCUUUGCGGGCAGGGUCCUAGGAGUUCCUGAGUGGAGUCGACUGCAUUGCGUCUCCCUACCUCUGAUGGAGUCCGAGGAGUUUGGGCGGAGAAUGAUAGUAAGUGAGUUUUUUGCCAUGCUGCUUGAGGCGGUUUCUCUCUUUGAAGUUCUUCACCGUCGAACGAUAGUCUUUGCUGAAGAGCCGCUUGCGCGGAAGCCCAUUGAAGGGGAGGAGGUGCAUGAGUGGGUUGAAAGUAGACGACUGCAAGUGGAGCGAGAACGACGGGAGGCGCUGGCGCUUGAAGCAGGGGAGCGGCAGCGCAACUUGGCCUACUUUAGUUGGAAGCAGCAACAGGCGUAUCAGGUGUUUUUGUUUGAGCAGAGUGAGCAGGAGGAGCGGAUGGACGUCGAACGGCUUCAGCGGUUCCACGCCGGGGUGCUUGCACAACAUUUUCAUAAGGAGCAUAAGGAGGCGCGAUACCAUCAGCUAAAGUAUCAAAUGCGCCAGCGCCUGCUCCCUGUGGAAUUGACGCGGACUAUCGUUGGGGAUGAAGUCACUGAGCGAUCCGCCAUUAUGCUUCUGCAGCACGAUCGCUUUUGUGCGUUACAGGCGGAGGAGGUGAAGAGUUACCUCUGGACGAGGCGAAAUGCGCUGUUGAAUGAGCUUGUUGAUCGCGAGCGUGGCGGCGAGGGAUGUGCCGAUAUCUACAUGUAA